AUGGACGCUCCCCGAAACCGGCUGGCGAUUAGCAUCAACCACGGAGCCCCAUUCGAGACGGGGGGUAAGGAUAUUUCUGGCGAUAGCUUCAUCGUCGCCCUCAAUCUCGAAAGCGGCAAAGAAGACUACAGGGUCAACUUGGCCAAGACCUCCAAGGGAAGAUAUGGCGGGUUUCAAGACAUCGCACACGCAUCGGACGGCACGGCCUUUGUAGUUGGUACAUACCCAACGAGCAUCCUUCGCAUCAACCCCAAUGGCGACAAAGUCGAUGAGUGGUUCGCCUCACCCCUCAACAAAACCUCGACGACAGCAGGCUUCACCGGAAUAGUACCCCACAAUGGUUGGCUCGUAGUGAGCGACGACGAGAGCGGAAAGCUAUUUCGCCUCGACAUGACGAAAGAAAAGGGAACGCCCGAAGAAGUUGCGUGGACAGGAAAGACGGAAACGAAUGCCAGAGUGGGAACAGCCUUGGAUGGAGCAUUCCUCCCUCCAAAGUACAGUGGUAUGAUCCUCCUUGUCAACUGCGAACAGGGCACUGUCGUUGUUCGAUCCUCGGACACGGAGUGGAAACAGGCGGAGAUCAUCGGCACCAUCGCCAACAAGCACGCCGGGGAUGGCGGAUCCGCCACGUGCACAUCACAGAUUGAGGAUCGUGUUUUCGUCGUUACCGAGUUUUUUGGUGACGCCAAGAAGGCAGAAAAUGGUACGACCAUUGUGGGUUCUCGCGUAGACUUUCCAUUGCACGACAUCACGGAUGAGCUUGAACAGAUCGUCAAGCAGGCAACGAAAGUUUAG